AGUUUGCGUGGCGGUAUGUGCGUCACUCGAUGCUGAACGCAUUCUUUUGCUCUCGUCCUCCGCGGCGUCCAUGCGAUGCGUGGAUACGAGGUGGACCGGCGGGCGUCGUCUGCACGGUUGCGGCAGGGCGGGUUCUCCUGCGAUCGGUUUCGCAGGGAGGAGCUGCGGCGAAGUGCGUUGCCGCAGGGUCUCUCUGACCUCUUCCCGGGCAACAUGGUCCUUGGCGGCCAUCACGGGGAGGCGGUGCAGGGCGUGUGGGCGGUGCACGGUCUGCUGAAGCGUGCGGGGACGCUGGCGGAGACGACGGACCUGAGAAACGGGGUAUGCGUCAACGCCUCAGUGCAGGUUGCGGCCGGAGCACGCGGAUUCGCUCUACUACCUGUACCGCGCGACGCGCGACCCGGCGUACCUGGAGAUGGGGUGUGAGUCUGCAGUGGGGCUGCAGCUGCACUCGCGGGUGCCGAAUGGGUUCGUGGUGGUGUCUGACAACAGCCAGGGGCACCGUCGCAGCCACCUGGAAAACUGCAUAUAUUCGUUUGUUGUUGGGGAGACGCUGCAGUACCUGUACCUACUGUUUGACGAGGCGACCGUGGUGCAUGGUGCAGGUGCACAGCCUGUGGACGGGGUCUUCACGACGGGGGAGCACCUCUUGCCAAACACAUAGGAGCAGUGGGGACUGGACGAGGCGUCUGUUCGGGUGGGCCGCCGCGGGGAGCCUGUGCGGGGGACGUACUCGGCCUCCACGUUCCACAAGUCUGCGUCUCUGCUGCACGAUGGUGAGCCGCCUGCGCUGACGAUGGAGGCCGUCGCAGUGCGUGACCGGUGGCUCUUCGACGUGGGACUGCCAUGGCCCGACCCCCACGUGGGCACGUGCUGCGGUUGUUGCGCGCGGUGCACCAGCGGCGGUGUUGGAAAGGUUGUUUGACCCAUCGUGCAGACGGCACCCCGCUGUACACGCUGCCCUCCGCCACCUUUACGCAGGCCGCCGUGGCGAAUGCGGUGCACCGUCGCUACAGCGACGCGGUGGGCGCUGGGGCCUACGUAUACCACUGCGACAUUGCUCAUCUGCGGGGUGUGCGGCACCUGAGCCGUGUCGUUGGAGACGUAUUAAUGGAGGCGAAGACACGUAAGAAUGACUGUGCUGUUGUGGCGUCCCCUGCAUGCUUGGCUUUGUGAAUGAUUGCGGUUGUUGUGCGCCGGCGUUGGUUAUGGCAAGCGUUUUUUCUUUUUCAAAUAAUCUGCCUUUGUUGAUAGUGUUGACGGAGAAGCGGUAAUGAAAAGCGACAGUUGCCGCGUCCUUUCAUCGACGUAAGCAGCUUUCAUCGAGUGCCAUAUAACGUUGCUGCAGUAUAGCUGUUUUAGUGUCUGAUGUCCGGAGGUGAGCGGUGUUGUGCGUGCAGCAAAGCUGUGCCGCUUCAUAAAGUAAUUGUUUCUUCUGACAACUCUAAGUAGGUAUUCAAUGUUCUCCUUGCUUUCCCUUGCUUUCCCUCCUCUCUCCUCUCCUCUCUCCUCUCCCCUUUUCCAUUUUUUUUCUAGUCUACCUAUUUCCUGCUCUUUUCUUCUCUCAUCAGGUGUGGAAGAAAGAAUCCUUUCUUCUGCUUAAAAGCGAGUGCCGGUACCGCUGUGUGGUGCUACGGCAGAACGUUGUGUCACACAUUCGCCUUGAUCGAACUACCGCUAUCAUCUCCCCCCCCCCCCGAAGAGCGAAACGGAAAUCAAACAAACAUACAGAGCCAAAAACAGAUGUUAUCUCAGAGCACACCGGGCCCCUUUGUGGGUGAAAUUGCAGACAGAGACACCCUUCACGACAUCAUGCAGUACAUCCCGUACAACCGACGCACACUGACGGCGAUGCGGUGCGUAUCGCGUCCGUUCCGCAGCGCCGUCCAGAGCGCCAACGGCCCGUGGGCACCGCACAAGGAGAUUAUGUUGUCCCGCUACGGCCAGUGCAUCCUCUUUAAUGCCCAGGAGGAUGAAGAGGGGCGCAGCUCCUUUUCGCUGUCGUCUCUGCCGCCCCUUGGACGGAAGUUUCGUACGCACAGUGCGAAGUUGCUGGGCCGUUAUCACACCCUUGUAGCGAACGGGUUGUCGCGCCUGGCACUAAACUACGCACAGGUGGAGAGUGCCUUCUUCGAGCCGCUUGGCGCACUCACCAACCUGAAGCAGUUGGAGCUGGUCUCGUGCCGCAGCCUGACCUCCGUGACAGACGCGAGCCGCAUCAAGAGCCUUGAGUCCUUGACGGUGUUGUUCUGUCCUCUCGAGCCGGAUGGCGUGACGGGGCUGCAGCUGCCACAACUCAAGAAGCUCAUGCUGCGCUCCUGCUGUAAGCUGUCCAAUUUGAACGCUAUUCACCCCGACACCGCCACGUCGCUGGAGGAUGUUCACAUUGAAAACUGCAGCGUGUACGACGACACCUCCUCCGUGUUCUUCGCCAACCUCGGCGAGCACCUACACUCGCUGAACCUCUCCUCCACUUUUGUCGACACCGCCUUGUCGGAAAUUCCACAAGCGGCGCUUAGCUCGCUGACCGAGCUGCUGCUCUGUAGCACACCCGUGCACUCCGAGACGCUCAGCGCCAUGAAGGAGUCUCUCGCGCAGAAGCUGGAGUACCUCUCGCUGGACACCUGUCGGGAGCUGCGCGAUCUCGGCUUUUUGGGCAGCUUCACCGCCUUAAGAUUUCUCGACAUAACACGCGUGGAGAGUCUGCGCGACAUCGACAGCGUGGCGCAGUGCGAGAAGCUCGAGAUGUUCCGUUGCGCGCUCACCGACCUCAACUCCGUCUCAUUUCUUAAAGAUAUGAAGUGUCUACGCGUGCUGGACGCGGCGAACACCUCGCUUACCGAUUACACACUCAUCCACCUGGAGGAGUCGCCGAUGCUGGACACGGUGGUGCUGACCGGCUGCGUGUACAUCUCCAGUGUGAACGCCUUUCAUCGCUGCCCACGGAUUCGCCGCAUCCUUUGCGGUCGCAGCGCCGUUACCAAUGACGGUGUGGAGAUGCUGACGGAGAGUAAGACGCUGGAGGAGCUCGAUUUAAAGCUGACGAACGUGACGGAUGCAAACUGCCUGGCUGAGUGUCCCGCGUUGAAGGUGAUCAACGUUUGUGGCUCUGUCAUGGUGCAGGAGGCUGUGCAGCAGCUCUUGGACAACCCUGCGAUUGACGUCAUCUGCGACUCCUUCGACGACAGCGACUACGUGGAAUGCUAA